GAGGGCCAUGUGUGAAAGACAUCUGCUGGAAACGUUGUCAGGGCAAAGGCGGGGCGAGGAAUGGCAACUGGGUGUCAGUGCUGGGGGAGCUGCGCGUGGUCUGUGGUGAACUGAAGGUUACGAGCCCCACACAGAGAAUGCAGCUGCUGCUCCGCUGCAGCCGGUCGCCACCUCGGACGGAUUAAGGCCUGUGUAGCCAGACUGCCUGCCUUUUAUGACAGAUAAGAAAUCCAGAUUGUGCUGGUGUAAAAUCCCCUGAUUUAAAAAAAACUUGGCUAAUCCAAAAUAUUCUCUGGUCAAAGAAAUCACGUCUGAGGGCUGAAUUCAGCCCUUGGCUGGUCGCGGGACCUGUGUAACCGGUUUAUUGCCCGGUGUGAAGUGGAUGGGCUGCAAGAAUGAAACGACUGGACUUUUCUGCCAUCGCUGCCUUCAAACUUGUCCCGGCAAAUUUCCCCCUCUCCAUCCUGUGACACAGAUCAGAAGAAUUCCACAACCAUGCAUGAGGAGUCAAGACAACCCUGCAAAGGACUCAUCAAUGCAAACCGAUUUGACGACUUCGGCCUUGAGGACACUGCUAAGUGCUUCUCAGCAUGUGCACAGUCAGGGAAUGAAUCCUGCAAUCUGGGAAACUUGCAGAGAUACUGGCUGAACUAUGAGAUCCAUCUGGUGGAGAAGAGUCUGACAGAGACAGUGAAUAUGAGUUUUUUGAAGGCUCUUGUCAAGAACAUCAACACCAACAUCUCAGAAGACCUGCACUUCUCUCUGACCCCCUCUCAGAUUCCGAAGCAGGUGACAGAGGACGAGCACCGGCACCCUGACAGAGUCCGGCUGCCCAGGAGCCUUUUUGGAUCCUUGCAGGGCAACAGGCCAGUGGUUCGGUUGGCCAUAACCAUCCUGAAUGUUGGUUCGGGGAAUGUCUUCAAGGGCCCCCGGCUCAGCCUAGAGGAUGACAGCAGCGUGUUGAACAAUCACGUGGUGGGCUUGAGUUUGGGUCAUAUAAAUGUCACCGGCCUGGCUGAGCCUUUGGAGAUCACCUUCUCCCACCAGCACCAGCCUCCUAACGUGACCCUCAGCUGUGUAUUCUGGGACGUGACUAAAGGCUCCCUCUCCUCCCCAGGGUCGUCAGGAGACUGGGCUUCCAGGGGCUGCUCCACAGACGUCGGAGUCAAUAGGACCAUCUGCCGCUGUGACCACCUGACCUUCUUCGCCUUGCUGCUGAGGCCGAUCUUGGACCAAGUCACCGUAAAGGCCCUCACACGCAUUUCCCAGGCUGGCUGUGGAACCUCCAUGAUCUUCCUGGCCUUCACCGUUGCCCUCUACGCUUUCCUGAGGUUUUCCCAGCAGAGGUUGAACUCCGAAGACGUCCCCAAGAUCCACGUGGCCUUGAGCGUCAGCUUAUUUCUCCUGAAUCUGGCCUUCUUCAUCAAUGUGGGGCACGGCCUGAAGGGGUCCAGUGCUGCCUGCUGGGCCCGGGGGGCCGUCUUCCACUACUUCCUGCUCUGUGCCUUCACCUGGAUGGGCCUGGAAGCCUUCCACCUCUACCUGCUCGUCAUCAAGGUCUUUAACACCUACUUCGGGCACUACUUCCUGAAGCUGAGCCUCGUGGGCUGGGGCCUGCCCGCCCUAAUAGUCAUCGGCGCUGGGAGCGCCAACAGCUAUGGCCCCUACGCCAUCCGUGACAAGAAGAACACCGCCACGCUGGAGCUGUGCUGGUUCUGUGAGAAAACUGCCAUCUCCGCGCUCUACGUCACUGUCCACGGCUAUUUCCUCGUCACCUUCCUCUUCAGCGCCGUGGUCCUGGGCCUGGUGGCCUUGAAGAUCUUCACUCUGUCGAGUGCCACAGCGGGCAAGGAGAAGUGGCAGCACUGGAAGGGGUUCCUCACCCUGCUGGGCCUCUCGAGCCUGGUGGGCGUGACCUGGGGGCUGGCCAUCCUCACACCCCUAGGCCUGUCCACCACCUACGUCUUUGCACUGUUCACGUCUCUGCAAGGUGUCUUCAUCUUCUGCUGGUUUGCUGUUCUCUACUUCCCAAGCCAGAGCACCGUGACCUCGUCUUCUGGCACUGCCCGGGCUGACCAGGUCCUCACCGUGUCUCAUGAAUAGCGGGCUGCCGUGUGGCCAGGCCGGGGCUGGCCUGCACUCUGGACUCAGCUCUGAUUUGCUGUGUGACCUUGGUGGGAGGGAAGAGGUGCUCCCUGCUUCCUUCUGGGCCUCAGCGCCCUUCUCUGUACAAUGGGACUGGGGAGCAAGGGGAUGGGAACCAGGUUGGACCAUGUGGCCUCAAAGGUCUUACCCAGAUACACCUAUGGGUCUGAGAGUUCACAGAUCCAGGAUGGCAGGAGUCUCAAGUCCCUGUAAUCCUAAGACCCUGCCGGCACGCCCACCCCCUGCCUUCAGAGCAAAGCGGGCUUCUGGUCUCAGGAAGGGCCUGAGCCCAAAUAAGGAAGUCUGUCGUUGGCCUCUUGAAGGAGCCCCCAGCCGCUCCCCUCCCUUACUUCCCCUUGUCACCGCCCUCCCACAACUCCACCCUCUGGCCAGGCACCUGGGGGGCCCUCAGGGCCACCAUCCCCUCAGGCACUGGGGCGGUUGUGGACUGGAGGUUUGUUGCCCGGUCGGGGGGGAGUGGGGUUUGGUCCUCGCACCCAGGCUGCCCCUGGUCUCAGCCACUCACCAGGGCCCAUCCUCAUGGAAGACCCCCUACUGUUCAGGGGGCUGCCAGCCCUCCAAGUGUUGGGGACACCGAAUAUCAAAGAAUGCCACUUACUCAGUAGGUGGGAUACCUCAAGCAAGCCCCCGUUCCCCACUCUGGCCUGCCCCUGUCUCGGGUCGAGGGGGCGGGAGGGGACGGGAGGGCGGGGCGGGGCGCUGCACAUCUGAGGCCUGAGGAGCCAGGGCCGGGGGCAGGGGGUGUGGGCUGAGCAGAGAGAGGGUGGGCAUUUCUUCUGAAGUCUGAGCUCCUAUAGAGCAGGCGGGCACUUUGACAGCUUUGCUCGCUCACCGGUUCAGCCCAGCCCGAGCCUGGCAUGCUUGGCAGGCCCUGAAUAAAUAUUAGUUGGCCCUCGAUGGAGGUGUGAGUUUGGCACCAGCCUGACAGGGCCCUGAGCCAGGGGAGUGCCUCAGGCCAGACCCAGCUGGGUUUGUCACUUCCAGUGGCUGGGCUUGGUUUUGAAACCCCUGAUUUCCUCAGUAGGAAGCAAAAAAGAGGCAGAGACAGUAGAGACAGAAGUAGGGGUACAGAGAUAGAGAGAUGGAGAGAGAGAGAGAGAAAGACUUAACAGAUGAACUGCCACAAAGAAAGAAAACAAAAGGAGAGAGACGGACAGAUGCAGAGACACACUGGCCCCCUGGCCUGGCCCAACCAGGAGGGCAGGGCACUGGUAUCCGUCCCCGUCCCCUUACAGCCACUGCACACUUCAGCCCUAACUUACUACUGGGACAGCUCACCCUCCCUCCCCAAACCCCACCCUUCCCAGUGUGCUUUGCAGACGGUCAAGCACCUUCUAUAGGUGAGAAGCCUGCCUCUUCCCCCCAGAUGCCCUGGACUGGAUUCCCCUUCUCCCUCCUCCCACCCAGCAAACAGAUGAAAGAAAGGAGGCCCGGGACCCUUGGUUUAUGCAAGUCACUGUGUUCCCGGAAGGGAAAUCUUAAGAGUGUGGACAUUGCGACAGUUGAGCCACAUUAUCAGUUUUUGUGGGCAGACUUGGUGGGUUUCGGGCUUAUCUUCACUAACAGCCGUUUCUCACACUGAAGGUCUCAGCAACCUUACCCCAAAGUCUCAGGGUUACUAACCUGUCCUCAGAAAGAACACUGAUCCAGUGUCUGAUAGGCCUGGGUUCAAAUCCUAGCUCUGCUGCUUAGGGCCUGUGUGACCCUGGGCCUGUCACCGCACCUCUCUGAACCUCAGUUUCACCCUAUGUAAGAUGGGGCUCAUUGAGUCCUUGCCUUGUCCUGAGAGCAUUAAGUGAGGUGACAAAAGUAAAGUGCCCAGCACUAAGUCAGCAGGAGUUAGUUUGCUCCCUGAGAACCCCCCUUGGCUUAAAGAAAACCUGGGUGUAAAGCAGAUUGUGAGCUUCUGCAACCUGUUUGUAAACUGGGAGGGUGUCAAGUUUAAAGCUCCCUUCCAGAUUCCUUGUACAGCUCUGCCAAGUGGACCAGCCCUGGGUGGGGAGGAUGAAAUGGAGGCCGAGAGAGGCCCAGGGACCCACCCAAGACCACCCUGCAAGCUGGGCCAACAGUAGAGCUGGGGUCUCCAUGGGUUUAAGAAUUAUCACCUCAUUCCUGACCCCCGAGUCUCAAGGGAAAUCCUGGGUGGUGGCUUUUUCUUUCUUCUUCCUUGCUUUCUCAUUAAGAAAUACUCAGUGGGAUGUGCAACCAACAGAACAACAAGUGCCGGAUGGGCUGCGUUUCCAGGUGCAGAUGCAGAGGGCAGACGGGGAGCGUAGCUAAUAGUACGGAUGUCCUUUUCUCUGCCUGGCUCUCCACCCCAGGGCCAGGCAGGGGCAGAGGGGCUGGGGUCCCUCAUUGCCUGAAGUCACUGCAAAAGUGGCUCCAAGUGCCAAGUGGAGCGCGUGCUCAGGCCAGGGAGGGCUGUGGCAAAAAUACAUCCCAAGGUCCAGCGUGGAUAGACAGGGUUCCCUUGCCACUGAAGCGUCACAAGAGCAGCCUGGGAGGUGGAUAGCACCAUGGUUACGAGCAUGGACUCUGAGGUCAGCCUGCCUGGUCCAGAUUCCUUGCCUUGGACCAAUUCCCCACUUACUGAAUCUGUAAAGCAGGGAUGGCAGUAGCUGCCCUACAGGGCUGAUGAUUAAAUGAGAUACUGGCUAAGACGGCUGCCCACCUGGCCCAGCGUGAAUGUGACUAAGCCAGAGCUUGGCCUUGGCUGACACUUUAUCAGGCUCUGGGUUGCAGUGGUCAUCUGUGUGCUGCAGGAAGAGUGUCCCCUCACCGUGAUUCCCUGCCUGGUUCUCUCUGUUCUGCCUCAAUUUCUUCAUUCCUAGUAUUUUUUCCAUUACAAUCUAACAAAUAGACAGGAAAUAAGAAGACCUAUUUGCUCUGUGCUUUCAGAGAGGUAACAAUAUCAAAAGAUAAGAGUUCUUCACAAUUUGAUCUAUGAAUACAAUGUGAUUCCAGUAAACAUUCUAAAUGAUA